UCAUUUACUUCUAACGAAAUGUUCGCGUUGCUUCUUCUCUCACUACUAACAAUUAGUUCAGUAUUAGGUGUUCCUCCUUUGGAAGGACCAUACUUACCCGGAGGCAGAAUUGUCGGAGGAGAGGAUGCAGACAUCGCUGACUACCCCUAUCAGCUCUGUUUGAUUUUCGAAGACUUCGGACCUUUCUGUGGAGCAAUUCUUAUAGAUGAAGAAUGGGCACUGACUGCAGCCCAUUGCACAUUAGAUGCUGAAGCCAACAAUUUAACUGUACGAGCUGGAUCGUCACUAUCAACAUCGGGAGGUCAACUGGUAAACGUGGAGAAGAUAUACCAACACAAGGGCUUCAACUAUGACACAGCAGAAAACGAUAUAUCUCUUCUGAAGCUAGCUUCCAAGGUAACAGUCGCCAAUUCCAAAGUAAUCGCUUUGGCUACCAGCAAGCCAAAGGCCAACGAGACCGCCACAAUCACAGGCUGGGGUAUAACCGACGAACUUGAUGAGAGUAUGGGCCCAGAGGUGUUACAGGUGGUCCAGGUUCCAGUUGCAGAUCAAGAGGAUUGCAAAAAAGCUUUCAUCGUAGAAGGUGUUACAGAUACUAUGUUCUGCGCUGGGUUUUUUAAUGUAGGGGGUAAAGAUGCUUGCACGGGUGACUCUGGAGGACCUCUGGUGGUGGAGGGGGUUGUCGCUGGAAUCACGUCCUGGUCCAAAGGGUGCGCCAGACCAGACAGACUUGGUGUGUACACUAAUGUAGCCAGUUUUCUGGACUGGAUCGAGGAGACGAAGAAUUCUGAUCAGUGACAGUAACAGGUGUACAACUUUUAAACUCAAUAAAACGCAUAUACCGUUUACUUUAAUCAAUAAUUAAAAUACAAGUAAUUUAUCUGGUUUA